AUGACCAUUCAGCUUCUCGUGCUUGAUGAGUCGUUCAACGCCAAGGCCGCCACCGGCAAGAUCACCAAGCAGGACGUGGCCGCCUUCAGCACCAAAGAGGACGUAAUUGUUGACCAAGCGGUCGCCAAGCUGCGCGCCAUCCCCGGCCUGACCGGCGGCCUCCGCGCGGAGGCGAUGGGCGAGUUCAACAAGGCGGCCUACAACAUCCUGAACGAGACCCGCUCGCGCUGGGCAAAGGUCCAGGCGGGCGACGUGUCGACCGCCCGGUGGUUCUCGUCGCCCGCGGCGGACGCGAGGCGGGUGCAGCUGAUGGGGGAGUGGCGGAAGGGCAACGUGGCGGUGCUCCAGGGGCUCACCGCGACCUUUGCUGCUGGGACCAUCAAGGCGGGCGACCGCGCCGCCUACCUGGCGCGGGCGGACGCAGCCACCAAGAAGCUUCAGGCGGACAUAGCCGCGAUCCCAGGUGUCUCCGCGACGGAGCAGCAGGCCGCGGCCAAGAAGGUUGCGGACGCGUACGCGCAGUCGCGCGCGCAGCUGGACAACAUCAUCAAGACACUGCUGAACGCGUCGGGGAUCUCCACGCGCAGGCGGCGGGCGCUGCUUUUGGACAGCAGGCGGGCGCUUCCCGGCAGCCGGAGGUCGCUGCUGGGCCGCGGGUGGUGGGCCUGGCGGCGGUAUUGA